CGCGCAGCCUCGGCCCGGCCCGGCCCGGCCGCCAUGCGCUCCGUCAGCUACGUGCAGUGCGUGGCGCUGGACUUCGCCGGCAGCCUCUUCCCGCACGCCAUCUGCCUGGGGGACGCCGACAACGACACGCUGAAUGAACUCGUGGUGGGAGACACCAAUGGAAAGCUCUAUGUUUACAAGAAUGACGACAGCAAGCCCUGGGCUGUGCGGUCUUGCCAAGGAAUGCUCACAUGUGUCCGUGUGGGAGAUGUGUGCAAUAAAGGAAAGAAUUUCGUGGUGGCAGUGAGUGCAGAAGGCUGGUUUCAUCUUUUUGACCUGACUUCUCUGAAUUCAAAACACCCAGAUGCUUCAGGCCACCAUGAGCUGGCAGGGGCAGAAGAGCAGAAGCCAGUGUUCAAGCAGCACAUUCCUGCCAACACCAAGGUCAUGCUCAUCAAUGACAUUGAUGGAGAUGGGAAAUGUGAGUUGGUUGUGGGUUACACUGACAGAGUGGUCCGUGCCUUCCGCUGGGAGGACUCGUCAGAGAACCCAGACCAUGUCUCUGGGCAGCUGAUCCUUUUGAAGAAAUGGCUUCUAGAAGGUCAGGUGGACAGCCUGUCAGUGAACCCAGGCCCUGGUGGCUCACCAGAGCUGAUGGUGUCCCAGCCAGGCUGUGGCUAUGCCAUCCUGCUGUGCACCUGGGACACGGAGCAGCGGGACGCAGCCGCGGGAAGGGACGGGUCUGCCCCGAGCAGUGAGGCCCCUGUUCGAGAUGUGAUUCUACACCAAACAUCUGGGCGGAUUCACAACAAGAAUGUCUCCACUCAUCUCAUUGGCAGCAUUGCCCGAGGCUCCAGUGAGAAUGGUGGCUCAGGUCUCUUUGCCCUCUGUACUCUGGAUGGAACACUGAAACUGAUGGAGGGAGCAGACAAGUUGCUCUGGUCUGUUCAGGUUGAUCACCAGCUCUUUGCUCUGGAAAAGCUGGAUGUUACAGGCAAUGGGCACGAGGAGGUGGUUGCGUGUGCGUGGGACGGGCAGACGUACAUCAUCGACCACAACCGCACGGUGGCCAGGUUCCAAGCAGAUGAGAAUGUCAGUGCCUUCUGUGCAGGCCUCUAUGCAUGCAAAGAAGGGAGCAACAGUCCCUGCCUUGUUUAUGUCAGCUUCAGCCAGAAGAUCUACAUCUACUGGGAUGUGCAGCUGGAGAGAAUGGAGUCCACCAACCUGUUGAAAAUCCUGGAUGGUGACCCAGAGUUUGAAAGUCUCCUGCAGCAGCUGGAUGUAGACAAAAACGAUGUUGAUGCUGUCAGACACCUGAUUCACAAAACACUCUAUUUUCCUGAGAAAUACCAUCUCAGCAGCCCCUCGCAGGAUCCUGCUGGAACAGAUUCUUCUGCCCACUGCAGUGGCAUCCAGGAUCCCUUAUAACAAGAAGGCUGACAUCUUUAAUGCCAGCACAAGCUCGUCUGCAGCUGGAGUUGGGCAUCUGAUGAAGAUGACUGUUCCUUCCCUAUCUUGUGAAAACUUCCUAACAGGAAAGGGUCUACAGGCUGUGAAGGGAUGUUCUUGGCUGUACGCUUGCCUGUAUGUGGUGGGUUGGUUUGCCUUCAGAACAGAAAGGGCCAAGGAUCUUGCAUGUAAGCCUUCUGUUGUUCCAUAAUCCUCACUGACUAGAGUGCUCCACUGGUCACUGUGAAGGAGCAGGGAGGUCACACAUUGAGAGAACAGCUGAGCCAAGUCCCCAUUUUGACCUAUUCUUGGAAGUACUUCAGUGAAUACUUCUGAAUUCUUAGCAGGAUCACAGUGCAGGAAGUGGAGAUGGAGGGACUGAGUUAGGGUGCAGGCAUGGGCCUUCUCUCCCACAAAGGUGUAUUUAAAGUCUUUGCUUUGCUGCUGCUCUUCUGCCAAGCAAGAAGCAGUUUCUUGCAAAUCACUUGUUCUGAGUAGCUGGAGACAUGCACAACUUGCACUAAUGAGGUGUGGAGACAGAGCAGCUCCAGCAAACCCAGCUCUGGUCAAGAGUCAUUGCUUGUCUCCAUCUUCUUGGGCAGGGUGAUCUCAGAGAGGGCUGUGACUUAAAGCAGCUGUGAAGCAGUCAGUAAGACCAGUCUGACUUAAGUGUGGAUCUGUGGUGCUAUGAGAGCUUGGCCAUCCACAAUAAGCAGGGAAAGUGGAAAUGCCACUCCUGCCUCUUGUUGUGGAGAGCAUCAUGCUUUGAGUCCUGCACAGCUGAAGGAGGUGGGCUGGAGGUGAUGUCCCACUGGCUGGAAUGAUGAGUCUGGUAAAGGGGAGCUCAUUUGCAAAAGCCCAAGCAUGAACCUUUCCACAUGCUGUUGUUGCUAUGCUUUUCCCUCCUAAGCUUGUCUCUUGCCUAACUCAGCUUGUUAGGAAAGGGGCAGCAGGCCUACCUGCUGGCUUGCAUCGAUUACCCCCUCUCACUUGUGUGCUGUUUUAUUGGACAUGUGUGAUGGAUGGAGCUGUCCCUUCGCCCUUACAGCAGCCUGGGUCACAGCAAAUACAAUUCAGUGAUCUGGAGCAAGUGGCAGCAUUUAAAGAUCCUGCAGGCAGUUGAAAACCUGCUGUGCUUUAUUCUGCAAAAUAUCCAAGGGCAGCCCUAACUGGGAGAAAGAGCUUUGUAUAGGGAAAAGGAGUGUCUUGCCCUUGGGUGAAAGUGACUAUUGCUGAAGCAGCCCUGUGUGGUAGAAGGGCAGGAUCUUUACAUAAUAAGCCUUAGCUGUUUUUUGCAGUUUCCCUCUGUAUAUUUAUAUAAGCUUUUCAGAGGACAGUGCUGUCCUCUGUAUUUGGUGGCAGUGGAAGUUGGAGCAUGGAGCAGUGAAAUGGUGUGACCUGCUCUGUACCUGCCAGCUUGCUUCUCAGGCCACUGUAUCUUCUGGCUCUCUAACUGCAAUGGAAGUUUCUCUCCAUUUUAAUGGCCUUGCUGAGAAGCAUUUUUAAAUGUUCCCCUGUCCUACUAAGUGCUUGUGUAAAACUGAGCUCUUCAGGCAGGACCUUUCAAGUAAUAAUAAAGCUUAUUAACAGCGUUGUUGAGAGCAGCAAGGCUGGAGUCUGUGAGCUGUGCAGAGCUGAUACCACCGGGACCAUCUACUCAUGGGCUAAAGCAAGGAGUUUGUCGUGAAGCUUGUCAGACCUAGACUGUAACCUCAACAAAUUGUCAGCUCUUGUGACACUGAGAUGUGCAGCCACCCAUCCCAGCAGGAAUCAUCACCUUUGCUUCUGGCAAAUAGGGCCUGGCAGGGAAACAGGAUGGCUUACACUCAUAACAGAACAACUGAGUGCUGUCUGUCCAUGCCAAAUAUAAACCUUUAUUAGCAACACCAAAUAUAAACCUUUAUUAGCAACACAAGCGCAAGGGGUGUACAAAUGGGUGCACAUGGCUGGAACUGUUUUAUGCAAAACAAACUUUGCUGUACAGGUUGAAUGAUUUCCAAGAAAGGAAGGUCAAACUGAUCCACUGUUGGACUAUUCAUUGUUGACAAAAAAUGAGAAGUGGUUGCUGAGGAAGAGAUGACAUUUUUCUAAGAACCAUCUUUAAAAGAAAAUGGGGCAAAAGCCUUGCAAAUAUUGUGCACCCCAACCCUCUUUUGCUGGCCUGAGGAUAAAAUUGCUGUGCAAGCCCAGGCAAUGCACACUAUCAAAAGCAGAGGUGAGAAAAUACAGACACUACAAAAACAUCUGUUCCCCAAAACUUUUCAGCUCUUAAAAACCAUUGGAGAGGAAAAAUACUAACAUUUGAGGGCUUCCCCUGACAGUUUUGUAUUGCAUGCAGCCCAUAAUAACUUGCAGAUGCAUUUUGCUCCUGUGCCCCUUGUGCACAAGAGAAAAUGAAAAGUGUCUACAGAAGAAUAAACUGAACAUCUGUACCGUU